CAAUUGUUUAUUGUACGCGUCUUUUCCGAUAGAACCACGAUCAUCAUCAUCAAUGGCAGGCCAGCCAAAAGGGAUCGUAAGGCGUAUAUCUCAAGUCUUUGUCGAAAUUCCUUCUUCUGCGUUGCAUAAGCCUAGUAUACCAGCUACUAGCAACACCACGCAUACUGUAUCCGGCCGCAAAGAAAACGCGUUGCGUGCAUCCAUCUCUCAAAACACCAUCAUGAACAAGUCAUCCAAACGCAAAUCGGACGAAACUCUCGACAAGCCGGUAAAGAAAUUGAAGAUCGAAACUACAGCUAUCAAGCCAACCGCUACGCGUCGUCUCCUCUCGAACGCUACCUCCGACUUCCCAAACGGCUUUGUUUAUUGUCAUCAAUGUAGCAAGAAGCGCGAUGCAGUUCUUACCAUCCAAUGCACGCGUGAAGACGCGAAAUCUAAGCGACGGUGCAACACCAAGUACUGCGGCCCCUGUCUCAAGAACCGCUAUGGACUUACGCUUCAGGACAUCUUGUCCACCAGCACUGUCCCGGCAGCUGAGAAAAAACGGCAUGUAUCGGGCGGGGGGUACUUUUUCAAGUGCCCCCGAUGCGAGGAGACCUGUAACUGCGUUCACUGCAGAAAGGCAAAGGGCCUUCAGCCCACGGGGAACCUCACCGUCGCAGCGCGUAAAUCAGGGCUCCAGUCAGCCGCAGAACUUCUUAUGCAAGAUCCAACUGCGGCUGGCCCGAUGGCAGGUAAACCUGUCGCUGAGAAGAAGUCGAGAACAGCCAAAUCCGCACUCCAGCGUACUGCAAGUGCAAUCAGUAACUCCAAAUCCAGAUCCACCAAGAACUCCGCGCAUAUACCCAUUGCUGCACCUCUUCCAGCCCCGAAACCCCCUCCCAAAGCUCUUUGGACACCAGUCCGUACUCAUCUCUCCCUACAGGGAGCAGAAGCCCGCAUCUACAUCCGUGAAUUUGCACUUCGUUUCCUCCCCCUGUCACGUUCACACCACGACGAGCUCGAGAUUCUCUCCCGCUCUCAACGAGAUUUUGACGACGACGACGAAGAGGAUGGUGAUCUAGAACCUUGGGUCUCAGAGGGAUGCGUGAAAGCACUACUCAUUGCAUUGUUAGGCAUGAUAGAAGUAGACGCUAAGAUCCUCUCCACAACUGCCAAUGCGCUCCAUCAACAGGCGUUCCUCUUCAAGAUUGUCAAUACUCUAAGCACCUUGAGCACACUUCCUUCCCUCGCUCUCCCGCCUCCCACGCCCGCCCCUGAGCACCUCCUUCAGAACGCGCCCAUCAUUAGAACCCGUUCCGCUCGCACUUCGUCUCAUGCUAAAGAGAUGUGCAAGGGAACGGACUGGCCUGAAGUAGUCCGCACCUCCCAACUCAUACCUGUUGUCAGUGUCCUCGUAGACCAUGCAUCUCAAGGAAAGGCGGUCAGGGAUGCAUUAGAGGAAGGCGCAAAAGACGCGAAAGAAUUGACGAGGGAAUGUUUAGAGAUGAAGAGAACUCUUGAUCGGGCUGAGAAAGAGAGAAAGGAGAAGGAGAAAGCAGAGAAGGAGCAGAAGGCCAAGAAUAUGAAAGCCAAAGACAAGAAGACGAAGGGGAAAGGAGGCAUCAGUGCCAAGGAGAAGGAAAAGGAAAGGGAGAAAGGCAGUGUCGAUUUUCAGGAAAGAGACGAGGAUGCGAGGGACUUAGAAGGCACACCAACGCAUACACUGACCCCCCAGAUGGCCCUGACCAUCGCCUUAUCCUCCUGCGCCCAACGCAUUAUACCACUAGGUCGGGACUCAGAAGGCAGGGUAUACUGGGCUCUGACGCCAGGACGAGGAGAGAGAGAUACUUCACGCGAGUACCUUACCUCCAAUAUCGAAGUUGGGGGACAGGACGAAGGCGCCAAGACCAAGAGCCAUAAAUCCAAGUCGAGAUCACCAUGGAAUCCCCCCUCCCUUUUAGAACGUGCGUCACACAAACGAUGGAACUGGUUCAUAGCUGUGUGGGGCGUGCGGCCAGGUGUCGAAGAGAGAAUAGAUCCGCCAAAGGACGAGGGCUGCUCAGAAGACGAUUCCGAGUUCGAGUUCGACCUUGAUUCUGAACCGGAUGAGGACGAGGACAAGAGCAAGAAGCCACAGAAGACGAAGACCGAACGUCCCAGAUGGUACGCCUUCUCAGAUCCCGUAGAAAUCUUCAAGCUUGCGGAGUGGGUCGAGCGGAAAGCUGGACUUGAAUCGCGUUCCAGCUCCUCGGAAAAGUCAAAACCGCGACCUGUAUCAGCCUUACCUUCUCGUGCAGCGUCCGCAUCGCCGUCCCAUGUGAUCUCAUCUUCAAAUACCCACGCGUCAGCAUCCACUUCCACUGCAGCUUCAUCCUUUAAUUCGUCCUCCAAUAAACUUAGCAAAGCCUCAAAAUUUGCCGCCUCACUCUUAGCUAAUGAGGAAAUGGUUUCGUCAUCCGAGGCCGAUGAAUCUGAGUCCAGCAACGAAGAUCAGAGCGAGGAUAGUGAUGACAAGCGGGAUGAUGAUAUGGAUGUAGAUUCACUCAUAGACUUCGAUGACACUCCCCGUACGCCGCAGCUCCAGUCACUCGUCCGUGAACUCCGAGCGUAUGCUGUGCUAUUGAAGAAUCGAGCGUAUGCAUAGGCCGGGGCGUUUUUUGGACCGCUCACGCACUAUUUCGCUUGCCCUCUAAUUGGCUUUGCACAUUUCCAUCGCUUCAUUCUCCCUCUGUAACAUGCCUCGUUUAUCUCCGUCCUAUAAUUGGUCGGCAUCUUAGCUUUACUCCCUUGUAACUAAUUGCCUCGCUCAACCAUUUGUCCCCAUUCAUUAUAUCUUACGAGAUUCCGCAUCUGCUGCCCUCUUUCCACCGCUAUCGUUUUUUAGUUAAUUAAUCGACUUUCCAUUGCCUCGCAUAGACAGCGAUACACCUGAUUAUAUUUUACAUUAUACAGGCUUCGGCAUGUUGUUCGAUACUGAUUUUUUCUGUUCACGUUUAGACAUAGAACAUCGAUAGCUAUCCUGCUACAUAGUGUUGGGCGAAGCUGCCGUAUAAUACCUUAGUUAAAGACUCAAAUUACGAGCUUGGAACAUUGAGUGCCUUCGG